AAAGUUCAUUGCACUGUAAAGAUAAAGUCACGAUAAAUAUCCGUCACACUGGAAUAGAACUCUGCUUGUUGCUAAAAGAGUGAAAUGAAAUGAACAAUAUCACUUUCAUUAGGGGUUCUCAACUUCAUUUGAAUAUUUCUUGGUGACGCCACAGACAAAUAAACAUCUUUUGAUGAAAAUGGUACUUAAUUCUUAUGUGUAUGUAGAGGUUAUUUCUUAUCUUCGGAGUGUUUAAAGAAUAAAUGUUUAAGAAUAAACAUUUAUCUGCUGUUCAAUAGUUUUUAUUUUUAUAUCUUGUUUUUGGGAAAAAACUUGGUAAAUAUGUGAGUAUUCAAAGUAGCAUCCAUUACUAAAGCAGGGAAGAAAAAGUAAGAAAUAAUAUACAGUAAAUUGCGUAAAUAAUAAAAAUUUAAGACGAGAGCACAAUGCAGAAUAAUGAUGAAAAGUUAUCCGAAGUUUUGGAGUUAUUCUUGUCACCUAAUUACAACAUUGUAUCCACAACUUAUCUUGAACUUAUGUUGUCACACAUUUCAGAGAAUAUAAAAGAGUGUAACACAAAUGAUUAUGAGCACUGUGAAUUAUUCCAAAAGUGGGUAUUAAAGGCAUUGAAUGUUUGGAGUAUUGAAGAUUCACCUUCACAGCCUGUAAUUGUAUUUACUUUGAAACUUGUGGGUAUAAUUUCACGUGUUGAAUUACGUUUUCAUUACUGGCAAUUUCAAGAUGUAUAUAAAAGACUAUGCGAUACUUUUAAACUACGUGGGGAUAAUAUACCAGUGUCUGUUAAAAUGGCUUAUACUACAAUGUUAUCCGAUCUGAUUACACACAGAAGUGGAAGACAGUGGAUUAUAGAUGCUGGUAUUUGGAAGGACAUUGUAAAGUAUGCCCAUUGGAAUCAUACUUUGUACGUUACACGUGCAAGUCAAAAGUUUAUAUGGCUUCUGUUGUCACAUGAACAACAAAAUGUAAAUUUUUGUAAAGAGGUUAUUGCAGAAGUGGCUUCACCAUUAAUAACCACUACUAUUGAGUCACAAAUAUAUUAUGCAUUAAAGGAUAAUUGUUUAGAUCAGAAUAAACUAUUAUGUACUACAUUGGAUUUAUUGAAUAAUAUUAUAGAAAAUACAUUGUUUGUAGAUAUCGAUAAUAUAAUACCUGAAUUAUGCGAAGAAGUUAUUGACUUAGAAAUGAGGGCAAAGGCUCUUUUUGAGGCAUGUAUUAGUACAAAUCUUGUACCAUACAUUGAAAAGUUGUUACUGCAAUGUUUAUUCAUUCCAAUAAAACGUGCGAUUAAAGAAGAGAACGAAUCCAUUACUCAAGAAGUAACACAUAAAUUCUGUUGUGAUUUAACUUAUAUACUGUUAAUGCUUUUGUCAAAAUCAUAUUUGACAGAAGUAAUACAAAUGAAUAAACUUUUAAUGAUAUACUGGAAAAAACUUCAGUCGUUACGAACAUUUAAUCUUUUCCAUGAACAUAAGUUUGAACAUCAAGUGAUAUCUCUAAUGGUUUUACCUUUGUGUGUAUUGAUUAAACACACAUACAAGGAUACUGAUUUUUUCAGUAUGUUUGUUACUAAAAUAUGUGAUCUUACAUCUACGGCUAUACAUAGACUAGCGUAUAAUGUACGAGAUACUAUUAUCAAGAAUGAUUUACCUGCAGUUCAGAUUGCCAAGACAUCUAUUGAUAUGGUUUUAGAAAUAGUAGAUAUUAUGGAUAGGGAUGUUGCAGUUAUUACAUUUCAAAUACUGUCUCAUGUACUAAAAAAUUAUGUACCAGAUACAUGCAGUGAAGAUUCAGAUAACACAGGGAUGAGUAAUUGGACAAACAUGGAUAAUGGACCAAAGAAAAAUGCGGCGUUUGAAUCGCCACUAGAAGGAGAUCCGAUAGUUGAUCAUCCUAUAUUACUGGCAUCGCUUUUGAACGCUUUAGCAGUUAUGACAGAGAAAUUUAAAUUAAAAUGGCAAGAAUGUGUAGAAACCAUAUGCUUGUUAUCUAUAGCACAAGGAAUUUUAAAUCAUCCAGCAACGUUGCCUAUGAUCUGUGUGAAAGCUUUAAAAGUAUGCAAAUUAGCAAUUCAAAAUUUUAUGCCAUCUAAUUUAGUGUUACUGAUUGAAACGGACAGCCACAUGAAUGAAAUAGGGCCGACGUUAUUCAAAAGAUUGCACGACGUAAAUUGGGAAGUUAGGGAUAGUGUACUGGAAGUUUUGAACACUAUUGCAAUCAUUUCAGAAGACAAAUAUCCAGCGUUUCAAGAAUUUUUAUUAGCAAAUCAGUUUCUCCAAGUGGCAAUUGAAAUUAUUAAGACAGAUUCUGAAAGUUAUGUUCGCGCUUCUGCUUUAACGUUUAUUUCAAGUACUAUUCGAAUUAACAAAUUAUGGGAUGAAAAAUUAUCAGAGUUUAAUUUACCCGAUAUGGCAAUGAAAUUAUUAAGUGACGAUAGUGAGGCUAUAGUUAGAAAGGAAGCCGUAAUUUUAAUGAAGGAAUUAUAUGUACAUCAUAACUGGCAGAAAAACGUUAUUGAUUUAAUGUCACGAGCAAUGUCAACAGCUGCUGUUAUUGAUCUCCAUUGGGAAGUGAAGAUAAAUGCUCUUGAUUUCUGGAUAGAGUUUAUAAAAUCACAUUUAUCUGAUCAAGGAGUACUCGAUGGUCAGUUUCCGAACGUAACGUUUUCCAAAGAACAUAGGAAGAUCGUUUCCUUAAAUGAAAUCGAAAUAAAACGAAGGCUUAACAAAGCAUUGGAUGAAUUAGCAAGGCAAAAUUGCUUAGGAGUACUUUUGAUAACUCUUGAGGACGAAAGCGAUUUUGAAGUGUGUAAAAGGUCAGCAACAAUAAUAAAUAAGCUAAAGGAUUUCCUUUUGAAGUACAAACUCAAUGAACCUUUACCAGAAUCGCCUCUGCCCCAAAACAUUGCUACAAUAGAUAAUUCUUAUGUUAAAUAUGAACCACCCGAUAAUGUUACGAAUUCCAUUUCUAAACAGAUGAAUAGUAAUUCUACUAGUGUAAUAGAAGAAAUUGUGGAUGCUAAUGAUACAAAUUUACUUGCUUCUAUUUGCAAAAAAUCAAUGAAAAUGGACGAAGAAACGGAAAAAAUGGAUGAAAAAACAUUCCGAUCUAUUUCUUGUGUUACUAGACAAGUUUUCCUUCAAAGAAUAUUUAACUCAGAUAUUGAUGCUUACAUCGAAGAUAGGAACCGAUGGUUGGCUACAUACACGACUAGUUUUGAAUCUAUAAUAGAUGAUAUAUUAACUGUGUAUAAAAAAGGAGACGUGAAUUCAAUGGACUGCUAUUAAUUAUAAAUAAAAUGUCUCGAUUUUA